AAAACGUCAGAAGAAGUUCGAAAAGAAGUUCACUGACUUCAAACAUGGCUACGGACACAGAAAGCAAAGAUUCAAGAAGUGAUACAAUUGCAACUAAUAUUGAAAAUAGUAUGAUUGUUUCUGAUGAUGACAAAGUAACGCAAGAUCUCAGAAGUGUGUUGGUCACUAGCGUUUUAAAUUUGGAAAAGCUUGACACAGACCUUUACAGAGGAAAGCACCAUUGGGUACCCCGCUCCCAGCGUCUAUUUGGGGGACAGAUUAUUGGUCAAGCCCUUGUGGCUGCUGCUGAAUCUGUCAGUGAAAAUGUUUUUGCACAUUCCCUUCACUGCUACUUUGUACGAGCAGGAGACCCUAAGAUUCCGGUGUUGUACCAGGUAGAUCGUACACGAGAUGGUCGAAGUUUCUCUGUGCGAUCUGUGAGGGCAAUCCAGCAUGGGCAACCUAUUUUGAUCUGCCAGGCCUCCUUUCACAUGCAACAGCCUAGUCCCGUAGAACACCAGUUUACCAUGCCCACCGUUCCCCAGCCUGAAGAGUUGCUCACAAUGGAGGAACUCAUUCAGCAUUACCUCAGUAAUCCAGACCUGGCUGAGAAUGCAAAACAAGGACUCAACAAACUAUUGGCUGAUGAGGUCCCAAUUGAAAUAAAACCUGUCAACCCACCAGACUUGUACCGACGUUUAGCCAUGGAACCAAAGAAGCUGUUCUGGGUGCGGGCACGAGGACAUAUUGGUAAAGGCGACAUGAAGCUGCACUGCUGUGUUGCUGCAUAUGUUUCAGACUACUCUUUUCUGGGCACUGCACUGAUGCCUUACCCACAACACAAGGCCCAGUUCUCUGCCUCUCUGGACCAUGCCAUGUGGUUCCAUAGCACUUUCCGGGCAGAUGAGUGGAUGUUGUAUGAGUGUGAGAGUCCAUGGGCAGGGGGCAGCAGAGGACUAGUUCAAGGACGUCUGUGGAGGAGAGAUGGGGUGUUGGCUGCCUCCUGUGCACAGGAAGGGGUUCUACGAGUAAAAUCAGCUCCACAGAGUCAACUCUGAGUUUUUAAGACAAGAACAUUUUAAUUGUAGAUAAAAUUUAUGCAUUUCAGCUUGAUGAAGUGAUGUAAUUUAUAAUAAUGUAAUAAUUUAUAGUUUUUGGGACUUAUUUUGACUGUGCUCCCAGUCACAUCAGUGGUACCUGAUGUAUCAUUCAUGAGAUUUUGUAAUUGGGUAUAUUGUAAGAGCUCUUCAAUGCAAAAUCCAGUAAUCUUCAGACAAACGCUGGUCCUUAUUUUAUUUUUGCUGUCAUUAUUGAGUCUAUUCUGUAAUGUAAUUCUAUUAAGUGUCUGAAUUCUAAUCCAGGAAGAUUAUCAGUAAAUAAAGAAUUUAUAUUGAG